CGGCUUAAAGGGACAAACAUACAAACUUAGGCCACGAUCAUUUUUAAAAGUGACAGCAAGUGCGAAGUCCAGCGAUUGCAGCGACACCUCGAACCAUGGGCAAGACCACCAAGCGCAACGUUGCCGUGGCCCGGGAGUUCUCCAAGCUGGAGAUGCUGCUACUGCAGACGGCCAGCGAUACUCUCAAAUGCCUAAAGAUCCUAAAACGCAACCUCGGCAAGUACGAUCGACGCCACGGAUUAUACUUCCGCAACACGUCCAAAUAUUUCAUGCGGAACGACAUUCGAGUGGCCAAGGACACGACCACGGACUUGCGGCACGUGGCCAAACGGAUCAAAAGAAGCAAAAGCCCAACGGCGUCGGAGAUCAACGCGGCUCGCAUCAGCAUGAACGCAACCGCCGACGUUAUGAACGACUUGAAGCAGGCCGGUCGCAUUUUCGACCAGAACAAUGGAGCAUCGGGAGGUGUCACGGGUAUCAUCGACAAUAUCCUGAAUGGCAACAACAACGAAGAGAACGCCAAUCAGCAAAACGGCGGCCAUGACGACAAGAACCCCGAAAAUCAAAAGCCCAAACGAGGCCUAUUUGGUAGGAAGAAAGGCGGUGGCUUUCUCAAGGCAUCCGACACGGUGGAGGCAGUGGUGAAGUCGACUUUGAACGACAGCUUUGGUGGAUUUGCGGCUUUGAAACAGCAAAUUACACUUACAGAGAAUGCUCUGUCACCAUCGAUCGCUACUCGUGCCAAGGAUGCAGUGGUGGAUGUGGCCAGCAAAAUCGUCGGUGAUUCCAGCCCGAGCCCAACACAAACAGCAUGAGCAUGUGAGAGACUUCAAACGCUUUCACUCGUUUCAAUUCGAGUUUUAGUUUUGCAUCACAGGGUUUAAACGUUUUAAAUCAAUAAUAAAGUAGCCACGGCUAUCGGUAUGAUAAUAUAAACCGCAUU